AUGGCAAAAACAAGCAACGUGUUGACCACAAUCCUGAACGUAUUGACCUUACUCUUAGGAGUCCUCCUCAUCUUCGGCGCAAUAUGGACCACCGUCCACCCCGGCGGCGAGACUUUAUGUGAGAAAACAUUCGCGAAGCCCUACUUGUUCACCGGAAUAUUCCUCGUGGUUCUCGCCGUUCUUGGAAUCGUAGGCGCCACUUUCAAAAUAAACGCCAUAUUAUACAUUUACUCCGCCGUGUUGCUCAUCAUAAUCCUGGGCUUACUCGCCUUCGCAAUCUUCGCUCUGGUCGUGACAAACAAAGGGAUCGGGAAGGCGGUUUCCGGUCAGGGGUUUCAGGAUUAUCGGAUUGGAGAUUAUUCAAAGUGGUUGAAGAAGCAUGUCGUGAAUGAGAACAACUGGGCGAAGAUCAAGAGUUGUUUAUCGGAUUCACGUAUUUGCAUGGCCCUCGCUCAAUCCAAAAACAGUGGUGAUUUCUAUCGGCGUAAUCUCAACCCUCUAGAGUCCGGUUGCUGCAAACCUCCGGGAGACUGCAAGUUCCUGUUCGUGAAUGCGACUUACUGGCAGGCGCCAAAAUCAGGCCCUGGAUCGAAUGAUCCCGACUGCACAACUUGGAGCAAUAACCAGAAGAAGCUGUGCUACAACUGCGGAUCUUGUAAGGUUGGAGUUUUGACUAACAUGAGGCAUUUGUGGAGGGGAUUUGCUGUUCUUAAUUUCAGUAUUCUUAUCUUUGUUAUCGUCAUCUACUCAGUUAGUUGCUGUGCAAUCCGAAACAAUCAAGCGAUACCAGAACCAUGCCAUAUCUAG